AUGGGUAUCUCCAGUGCUGUGGAUUGGUGGGAGGAGUGGCAGCUGCGCAUCCUCGUCCUUGGCAGCCUGCUGGUCCAGUGGUUCCUCUUCCUCUCCGCCCCUACACGUAAAUGUGCAAUACCUCCAUGGUUCAGAUCCUUAAUAUGGCUCGCGUACUUAGGCGGCGACGCUAUAGCCAUAUAUGCUCUGGCCAACCUCUUCAGCCGCCAGAGGAGACAAGAUUGUAGCUCUGGACAGGGCAAUAGCAUCCUGGAAGUGGUGUGGGCGCCGGUUCUCCUGAUGCACCUCGGAGGAUAUGAGUCGAUAACCGCCUACAACAUCGAAGACAACGAGCUGUGGACGCGGCAUGUCCUCACUGCCGUGUCCUAG